UCAUUGUCAUCAGGCAGGGGGAAAAAUAUUCAAAGAAAUUUUCUUCCUUCGAAUUCGGAGCCAGAACGCGACACGGAAACAAAAAUAGUCACUUUUGCCACAAAAUUGUCCCGUAAUACAAGUGGCCUCUGCGAUGGCUUCGCUGAUUCUGGUUAAUGGUGCCCAGUUGGCAAGACAGCAGACCGGAUCGCUUGGGAUCCUCUGUCUGAAGGCCAACUACAGCACGGAAGAACCGCGUAAGCUGAAAAGCACGAACUUGGCCACGCUGAAGCGUGGUACCGGUGGACGUUCUAGUUUCAAUGGAAUCGUUGCUACGGUUUUUGGUAGUACAGGGUUCCUCGGACGUUAUGUUUGUAAUAAGCUGGGUAAGAUUGGAUCGCAGUUGAUUCUUCCGUACCGUGCUGACCAUUACGAGGCGAUCCGUUUGAAACUGGUCGGAGAUUUGGGUCAGGUGCUGUUUCAUCCUUACGAUUUGCGGGAUGAGGAGUCGAUUUACAAUGCGGUCAAGUAUUCGAAUGUUGUAAUCAAUCUCGUUGGACGAGAUUGGGAGACGAAGAACUUCACCUUCAAGGAUGUGCACGUUGACGGUGCUCGCCGGCUGGCUCGGAUUGCUAAGCAAGCUGGGGUUGAGAAGUUUAUUCAUUUGUCUAGCUUGAACGCUACGCCGGAACCGACGCCGCUUGUGAUAAAGGAAGGCAGUAAGUUCCUUAAGAGUAAGUACUACGGCGAGUGUGCGGUUCGUGAGGAAUUUCCGGAUGCUAUUGUUUUCCGCCCGUCCGAUAUCUACGGGCAGGAGGAUCGCUUUUUGCGCUACUAUGCGCACCUUUGGCGCCGGCAGAUUCGUGGAAUGCCACUCUGGUACAAGGGCGAACGUACGCUCAAGCAGCCAGUGUUCUGCUCGGAUGUUGCUCAGGGUAUCGUGAAUGCCAUCAAGGAUCCGGAUACCCAGGGUAAAACCUAUCAGGCUGUUGGUCCUCGACGGUACAAGUUGAGUGAGUUGGUAGAUUGGUUCUAUCGGGAGAUGCGUAAGGACGAGGACUGGUGGGGUUAUCUGCGUUAUGACCUGCGGUACGAUCCGACGUUUAUGCUGAAGGUACGUCUUACCGAGUUUAUCUGCCCGUCGUACCACAUUGGCGAUCUGCACCGCGAACGAGUCGAGCGGGAGUAUGUGACGGAUGAUGUCAAGAAGGGUGUUCCCACUUUGGAGGAUUUGGGUGUUAAUUUGACGCUGAUGGAGGAUCAGGUUCCAUGGGAGCUCAAACCGUUCCGGGCUGCUUUGUACUACGAUGCCGAAUUAGGUGAGUUUGAAAAACCGGCACCACCUCAGUUUAUUCAGUAGAGAAGCAGUUGUUUUGGGCAUCUUUCCGCUGAUAACAUUAUUUAGAGAGAAUUGCGUUCUGCAAGGGUGUCGAUUUUAUUGUUAAGAAUCUAUCGAAACCAGCAAUAAAUAUGUCAGAAAUCGUGAAAUUUAUGUUCACAUCACCA